AUGGGCCUUUCUUUCUCGAAGAUAUGGCAGCGCAUGAUCGGCGAGCAGGAACUGAAGAUCUUGAUGCUAGGAUUGGAUUCGGUGGGUAAGACCACCAUUCUCUACAAGCUGAAGUGCGGCGAAGCGGUCACCACGAUUCCCACUAUCGGCUUCAAUGUGGAGACUGUGGAGCAUAAGAACGUGUCAUUUACCGUGUGGGACGUUGGUGGGCACGACAAAAUUUGCGCCAUAUGGCGGCAACACUACCAUGGGGCGAAGGGGUUGAUAUUCGUGGUUGACAGCAUCGAUCGUGAUCGCAUACAAAAGGCCCGCGAGGAGUUCAACAAGAUGUUGAGGGCGGACGAAAUGCGUAAGGCGGUGGUUUUGGUCUUUGCCAACAAGCAGGACCUGCCUAAUGCAAUGACGACAGCAGAGGUCACCGAAAAGCUCGGGCUGAACGACCUGCACCGUCAGUGGUUCAUCCAAUCUGCCUGCGCCACGACGGGAGAGGGUUUGCACGAGGGAUUGGAUUGGCUUUCCCGGACCCUGUGCUGA